AUGGUCUCGGACCUGGAGGCUGCGCGCAUUACUUCGCUACCGGAAGAUGCAUUCUACAUACCGAAUUUCAUCUCCGAAGAAGAGGAGCAGAUCUUGCUUCAAAGGAUAUCUUCAGCACCACUCCCCCGCUGGACCCAUCUGACCCACCGGCGCCUCCAAACCUGGCCCUCCGCUCUAACAAAAACAAACACCCUCCUCUCCUCCCCACUGCCACCGUGGUUGAUAACCCCCAUUAUCGAACCCCGCUUCGAACAACUAGGCAUCUUCGCCGACGCACCGCACUCCGCACCGAACCAUGUCUUGAUCAACGAGUACCGUCCCGGUCAGGGGAUUAUGCCGCAUGAGGAUGGACCGGCCUAUUAUCCGCUCGUGGCGACUGUGAGCCUGGGGGCGGCUAUCGUGUUGGAUCUGUAUGAUAAGGAGAGCGAGAAGGAAGAGGGCGAGGAAGGGAGUAUAAGAGAGGAAAAGGCAGAGCCAGAGCCGGAGCCGGAGGCCGAUUCUCUGCGAAUACCACGAUUCCGGGUGUUACAGGAGAGGAGGAGUUUAUUGGUUACUCGGGGCAAGAUGUAUUCGGAUUUCUUACAUGGGAUUGCGGAGAGAGUAGUGGAUGGCGAUUUGGGGGCUGAGACUAUUUGUAAUUGGGGGUUGUUGGGGGACAAGGAUGGGUUUUGGGGAGGAUCGUAUGAGAGGGUGACGAGGACGAGUUUGACAUAUCGGGAUGUUUUGAAGGUUGCCAAGGUGGGAAAUACGCUGAAAUUCUUGGGUGGUCGGUGA